AUGUUAAAUCCUGAACAUGAGGAACAGCUCAAGAAGCUCAAAGAGAUUCAAGCACUCUAUGCCGAACAUGCAGCCACAACUCGAAAUCAACAGGACAAGGACAAGCAAGGUACCACUUCUCGACCCGAUAGUAGUGGUUCUACCUCUUCGGAUCCUAUGAUCUUUCCGGGCUUAUAUUCUCCAAGUGGUUUCGACGUUUUGCAAAUUCUGUUUCAAGUUCAACGACGCCCAAAUCCUACUUAUGCCUUGGGAAAUAUCGACAGCGGCGUCGCAUUAGUCCUCUGUGAUUCCUCCCGUCCCCAUUGUCCCAUAGUCUACUGCAGCGAGCCUUUCCAGCGCCUAACAGGAUACUCUCAAGCGGAAAUCGUAGGCAAGAAUUGCAGAUUCUUGCAAUAUCCAUAUGAUGCGCAUACCUUCGAGAAGCUAGGCAAUAUAGCUACUGCCACCACUACGGAUCUUCAAACCCCAAUUCCUCUUGACGAUCCUAAUAUGGCCGGGAAGUCCAUCGUCAGAAAGGCGUUGGAUGGUAAUCUGGAAGCACAGGUUACACUGGUUAAUUAUAGGAAGAAUGGAGAGAGAUUCUUGAAUAUUCUGACGACGGUGCCGGUUAGGUGGACGGCGAAGGAGGGUGAGGUGCAUAAUUAUAUUGUGGGGUUUCAGGCGGUGGCUCCGCAUAUGUUUCGAACGAGGGGCGUUUCACUAGAAUUAGCAUUGCCAGUGGAUGAGAUGGGAUGGGAACUCUCGAAUUCUUUGUUGUAUUUGGAGAACACUGGCAUUAGCAUUGCUAUGCUUGGAAUGUUGCAUGGUGCGUGGGGCAUUGAUUGGUAUGAUAGGGAUGGUAGAGAUGAAAUGGGAUGGGAUGAUAGAUAUGGGAUGGAUGACUGGACUGGAAUGGGCUGGGAUGGAUGA